GCCCUCAACUACCCAGGAGCCAUUAAUUCAAACCCUAGCUUUUCAACUCCGAUUCGCGAAAUACAGAAGCCAGAACAAUCAGUUUCUGGAUAUCCGCGGCUAUAAGUUAAUUUUGAUCAUUGACUUGUCUACGAAACCUUCUCAAAUCAGAGACAGCACUGUUUUUAGUAUUUGGUAGGAAUUUUAAAUGGCUAUUGAUGGGAGUUUUCGCCUUGAAGUUGAGCUCCAAAGGUUUCUUUCUCGGUGUCCAAAGCUUGCUUCUGUUCCCUAUUUUGAUGACUUGCAAAAGAAGGUAGAAAAGGUGACAGAAAAAGAGGUGGUGAAUGCAGUGGUGGGGUUUUUUCUGCACCCGAAUUAUACAAUCCCAUUGGUGGGAUGUUUUCGACCAAUUGCACAGAAUAUCGUGGAGCAGGUGGUGUCUUCACUUCAUUUGGUGCCAAAUUUGAGGUCUGAUGAUUCGUCAGUGACAUUUGAUGAGGAUAAAUUUCUAAGGGAAGUGGAGAAUGUGGAGAAUGCGGAGGUUGUCAGCAUUAUUGAAUCUUAUGUAAGAAGUGGGAAGGGUUUAUACCUUCAUGAGCUUGCUUGCCUGGCCUUUUGUCGAGCUAUUGAUUUGGUUCCUUUUCUUCUGGGGCCAGUGCUGAACUACUUUAAAAGUGCUCCUCCUCCGUUUGAAAGAAUUAGAUCAAGUGAAUCAGCUUCCAAGGCAUUAUCUAUCGGAUCAACUAAAAUAUUGAAUGUUGUACGAGCAUCGUAUCGCUUCCUUGCAUUAGAGCCUGAGAUUUUCACCAGAUUGUGGGACUGGUCUUGUUUUCUGGACCUCGUAUGGCAAUCUGCAAACCUUGACCCAAGCAAGGACACAGAGUUGAGGAUGAAUGUCUCUGAUAUAAGAUGGUGAGGUAUACAAAUACUCUUGGUGGUUUUGAAGUUGAGUUUUAAAGCGUCUACGAAGUUUAAUCUCAACUCGGGAGUAGCUUUUCAGAGUUGGUUGCGCUGGCAAGAAUUUUGUAUGGACGUAUCAUUGGAGAAAGCAGGAUGGUAUCUUGAAUCUUCUGUAGAAGAAAAGAUGGCUUCUUUUGGAAAAUGCACUAAUAUCAAUGACAGUCAUUAUUUAGAGCCUUGCAGCCUUAGUUCCAUCUCUGCAUCCUACAGAAUGCUUCAUGAGACUAUGCCAUCAAAUUGUAGCAGAAUGCUGGAGACAUGUAAUUCUGGAAAUCCCUUUAUCUUGACAUCUGCUGUGAAGAAAAGUUUUGAGAUGGUCACGAUAGCUGUGAGUCAGAGAUGGCCAGUUCUUCUUUAUGGUCCUGCUGGUGCCGGGAAAACGGCACUUAUUUGCAAGUUGGCCGGGGAUCUCGGUAGAAGAGUUCUAUAUAUUCACAUGGAUGAGCAAAUUGAUGGGAAAACGUUAGUUGGGAGUUAUGUUUCUACAGAACAACCUGGCGAAUUCAGAUGGCAACCUGGUUCUCUUACUCGGGCAGUUUCAGAUGGUUUUUGGGUUGUCUUUGAGGAUGUUGACAAAGCGCCUCCUGACAUUCAAUCUAUCUUAUUGCCUUUGUUAGAGGGUGCAACUACAUUCUUAACUAGCCAUGGGGAGGGAGUAAGAGUGAACGAAAGCUUUCGGCUAUUUGCCACUGUGACAAGCUCAAAAUUAGACACAUCUCAUUUUACUGAAGGUCUAUCAUGCAAUUUUUUUUUAUCUUUUUUGAUGGUGAUGCUGUUAUUAUUGUCUUUGUUCAUAAACUCAAAGCAGAUUCGUUGUCAAUCAUUCGUGUAUGGCACUGUGGACUUGCUAAAUAUUCUAAUUGCCUGGUAUCAAGAGUUGGAGCCUCUUGCAGAAAAACUCGUAGAAACAUUUGAAAGAGUCAACCAGCUUACUACAGCUCAAUUUGGAAUAGUCGCUUCUUCAAAUCGUCAUGGAAGAUUCUCAUUAAGAGAUCUUCUCAAACGGUGCAAGAGAAUUUCGGGCUUGGGCUUUUCCUUUCAUUGGGAUGAGCUUUCAACUUAUGCACGUGACAAUAUCUAUAAAGAGGGUAUAGAUAUUUUUGCAUCCUUCUCAACCUCCGCUGAAAAUCGCUUAGCUAUAAUGAAGGAGAUUGCAAAGUUGUGGUCAGUUUCAAUGGCAGAACAUUAUAUCCGGCUAACUGACCCAUUAUUCAGGAAUUGCUCUCUGAUUUCCGAAUUGGACGUGUUACCCUUCAAAGCACUGCAAUUGCAGCUAAUUUGCGUUCUCAGAAGAAACCCUUUGUUGAGAUCCGUAGUUCUGUACAUGUUUCUUGAGAAAAUAGCUGGCUCUGUUAAGUAUAAUCAGCCGGUUCUCUUGGUUGGUGAGACUGGUACUGGAAAGACGACACUUGUACAGAGUCUUGCCACGAGGCUUGGUCAGACACUUACAGUUUUGAACUUGAGUCAGCAAAGUGAUGUUGCAGAUUUGCUAGGAGGGUUCAAACCUAUGGAUGCCCGGUUUGUAUGUGUUCCUCUGUAUAAGGAGUUUGAGAACCUUUUUACUAUCACGUUUUCCUCCAAGAUAUAGUUCACCAAAGAUAAUGAAGUCUUUCUCACUUAUUUAAGGAGAUUUAUGACUGAAAAGAAAUGGAAAAUGCUAUUAAGUGGCUUCCAGAAGGGUGUCCGGAAGAUAGUUGACAGGAAAUUCCAGUCUGGUAAGAAGCGGAAGAGACCCUUGAAUGAAGAACUUUUAAAAGCUUGGGAGAAUUUUUCAGUGAAGCUUGAAAGAGCUCGUACACAAGUCAAUGCAUUGGCUGGAAUGCUAUUUUCAUUUGUAGAAGGAGCCUUCAUUUCUGCCCUUAAGAAUGGUGAAUGGAUAUUGCUGGAUGAAGUAAUUUUGGCUCCUCCAGAGAUUUUGCAGCGAGUUAUUGGGGUCCUUGAAGAAGAGAAAGGAUCACUGUGUUUGGCUGAGAGGGGUGAUGUUGAUUAUGUGUGUAGGCAUCCCAACUUCUGUAUAUUUGCUUGCAUGAAUCCUGCAACUGAUGCUGGUAAAAGAGACUUGCCAUUUUCCUUAAGGAGCAGAUUCACAGAAUACUUUGUUGACGAUGUGUUGGAUGAUGAAGAAUUAAUUUUGUUUGUUAAUCAAUUUAUGGCUGAUGACCAUUCAGAUAGAGAGUUGGUUAGUAAGAUUGUGCAUUUCUAUAAAGCAGCAAAAAAGGAAUCUGAUGAAACGCUGCAGUACAGUUUAAGGUCUCUCUAUCGUGCACUGGAAUACACUAAAAGGGCACAAAGGUGUUUUGGGGUUGAGAAAUCCCUUUAUGACGGUUUCUGUAUGUUUUUUCUGACUUUAUUGGACAAACCUAGUGCUAAGUUGAUGCACAGUUUAAUAUCUUCUAUUUUGUUUGGACGGAAUAUACCUCAAGAAGUCUCAUAUAAAUCGUACUUGAAAGUUAAAGGAUCUGAUGAAGAAUAUGUUUUAACAAGUAGUGUUGAGAAGCAUCUGGAAAAUGUGGCUUGUGCCAUUUUUAUUGGAAGAUAUCCAGUCCUUCUACGGGGACCCACGUCUAGUGGAAAGACUAGCCUUGUUAAGUAUCUUGCUACGAUAACUGGUCAUCAAUUUGUACGAAUAAAUAAUCAUGACCAUACUGAUCUACAAGAGUACCUAGGUUCUUAUAUUACCGAUGCAAGUGGAAAGCUCAUUUUCCAUGAGGGUGCCCUUGUUAAGGCUGUUCGAAAUGGUUAUUGGAUUGUUUUAGAUGAGCUUAACUUGGCUUCUUCUGAUGUGCUUGAAGCAUUGAACAGGUUGCUAGAUGACAACAUGGAACUUUUUGUUCCUGAAUUGCGUGAAGUUAUUCGUGCGCAUCCAGAUUUUAUGCUGUUUGCGACUCAAAAUCCACCCACCAUCUAUGGAGGGCGCAAAAUGCUUUCGCGAGCAUUCCGCAACCGUUUUGUAGAGAUUCAUGUUGAUGAAAUUCCACAAGAGGAGUUGAGCACGAUAUUGGAGAAAAGGUGCAAAAUUCCCAAAAGCUAUGCCAAAAAAAUGGUUGAUGUCAUGAAGGAUUUGCAAUUUCACAGGCAGAGUAGUAAAGUUUUUGCUGGAAAACACGGGUUCAUUACGCCCCGUGACUUGUUCCGAUGGGCUGAUCGUUUCAAGACAUUCGGAAGAUCCUAUGAAGAUCUAGCACGCGAUGGUUAUUACCUAAUGGCGGAGAGGCUGCGAGAUGAUGGUGAAAAAAAAAUUGUUCAAGAUGUUCUGGAGAGGCAACUGCGAAUCAAGCUUACUGUGGAUGACUUAUACAUGCAAGAGCCUGAUGGUGGAGACAUAGCUUUGACUGGUGGAAAAUAUUCGGGAGAAUCUAAAGAUAUUGAGAAAAUUAUUUGGACAAGAAGUAUGUGGAGGAUGUACUUUCUAAUCGAGCGUUGUUAUAGGAUGCGGGAACCUGUUCUCCUUGUUGGUGAAACUGGAGGAGAGAAAACGACUGUUGCUCAGUUGUUUAGUAUUAUUUUGAGUUCCAAAUUACACAUUUGGAAUUGCCAUCAGUACACAGAAAGUUCGGACUUUCUUGGGGGUUUCUAUCCGGUGCGUGAGAGAUCAAGAAUUACUUCAGACUUCCAAAAUCUGUGUGAGAAGUUGAUGCAGUCGAAGACUUUUACGCACUUCCCUGGAGAUGCUACAAUUUUGACGGAUAUUAAUCAGGUCUCUCUUACUCUUAAUAAAAUUUCUGUAAUCAUCAAUAGUUACAGACAAGGUCCAGUCUCGCAUUCUGAUGUCUCUGCACUAGACCUUGAUUAUGUUGAACAAAUAACUAUGGAGUUAGCUCAACUUCGUCAGAAGUGGCAGACCAUUUUCAUGUGGCAAGAUGGUCCUCUUGUUGAAGCGAUGAAGAACGGUGACCUGUUUAUUGUGGAUGAGAUUUCUUUAGCUGAUGACAGCGUACUUGAGAGAUUAAACAGUGUUUUGGAACCAGAAAGGAAACUGUCUUUGGCUGACAAAGGUGGGUCUGAUCUUGAGAGUAUAAUUGCUCAUCCAAACUUUUUCCUCCUCGCUACAAUGAAUCCUGGUGGAGAUUAUGGGAAGAAGGAACUAUCACCUGCUCUUCGGAAUAGGUUUACAGAGAUAUGGGUUCCUUCAGUUAGUGACACAGAUGACCUCAAAAGUAUUGCUCUGGAGAGGAUUUUAAACCCACAAAUUGCUGGUGUUGUGGAUCCCAUGCUUAAUUUCUGGGAGUGGUUCAAACAUUUACAAACAGGAAGAAUGCUUACAGUGCGAGACCUCUUGUCUUGGGUAUCAUUUAUCAAUGCAACGGAGGGAAGUUUACAAGCUGAACCUGAAUUUCUACAUUGGGCAUUCCUUGUUUUACUAGAUGGACUUAGUUUAGGUACAAAUAUUCCAAAAAGUGGCGCAACAGAGUUAAGGAUGAAAUGCCUUACUUUUCUUCUGGAAAAACUCAAGGAGUACAAAUAUACACUCGAUUUCUCCGAAUUUUCCACUUUAGAAUCUUAUGGUUGGGCUAGUCUUGGAAGUUCAACAGUCUCAAUAUCUGCUGACAGCAUGCAGCUUGACGACCACUUUGGAAUUCAUCCUUUCUAUAUUGAAAGAGGUGCUGAGACUAUUGAUGCUAAAGGAUUUGAAUUCCUUGCACCAACCACUUGUAGAAAUGCGUCGCGGGUGCUGCGUGCUAUGCAGCUUUCAAAGCCUGUUCUGUUGGAAGGAAGUCCAGGUGUUGGGAAAACAAGUUUUAAAUAUUCUGGGCACACCAUUGUUCGAAUCAACCUAUCAGAACAGACCGACAUAAUGGACUUAUUGGGAUCAGAUUUGCCAGUUGAGAGUGAUGAAGGAAUACAGUUUGCUUGGUCUGACGGAAUCCUACUUCAGGCCCUAAAGAAGGGUUCAUGGGUUCUGCUGGAUGAACUUAAUCUUGCUCCACAAUCUGUGUUGGAGGGUUUGAAUGCUAUAUUGGACCAUCGAGCUGAGGUUUUCAUUCCUGAAUUGUGUCGUUCUUUCAAGUGUCCAACAUCUUUUAGGGUUUUUGCUUGUCAGAAUCCUUCUUAUCAGGGAGGAGGCCGGAAAGGCCUUCCGAAGUCCUUUCUCAACCGGUUCACCAAGGUUUUCGUUGAUGAGCUAGUCGAGGAAGAUUAUCUUUCCAUAUGUAGUUCACUUUAUCCAUCAAUACCAAAAGCCAUUCUUUUGAAAUUGGUAUUAUUCAAUAGAAGAUUACAUGAAGACACGAUGCUGUACCACAAAUUUGGUCAAGAUGGGUCCCCAUGGGAGUUUAAUCUGCGAGAUGUGAUCCGUUCAUGUCAAAUCAUCCAGGGUGCUCUGGAAAAAUCAAAACUUGAUUGCUUUUUAAGCACUGUUUACCUGCAAAGAAUGCGCAUACCAUCUGAUAGAAGUGAAGUCAUGAAGUUAUAUGAACAGGUUUUUGGACUGAACUCAUUUAUAAAUCCACAACCAAGAGUUCAGCUCAAUCCUUGUUACUUAACCAUCAGAAACGUAUCAAUUGAGAGGAAUCGCUAUCAACCUUCUGGAGUAUUUAAUAAUGAGCUUAAAAUUUUGCCCAGCAUACGUAAAAGCUUGGAAGCUGUAACACAAUGUGUAAAGCAUAAUUGGUUAUGCAUAUUAGUUGGCGCACCAUCUUCAGGUAAAACUUCAUUGAUUAGAUUACUCGCUCAGGUCACAGGAAAUGUGCUGAAUGAAUUAAAUCUUUCUUCUGCAACUGAUAUAUCUGAACUGCUUGGAUGCUUUGAGCAACACAAUGCUUUCCGUGGCUUUCGACUUGCCAUUGCUCGAGUUGAAAGCUAUAUAAAUGAGUAUUGCAGCUUGCAGUUGGAAUCUUCCCUUGAGGUAUUUUUUCGAAGAAAGGAUUUGAUUGCACGGUGGCUUGCCUUCUUAUCAAUUAUUGAAUAUGGUCCUUCCGCUGGGUCUAUGGCAACAGACUUUGAGAAUCAAAGGAUGAGAUACUUUGAGUCCAUCCCUAUUUUAGUUGAGAUUAUUGAAAUUUUAAGGUCGGAUCAAGAGAGAUAUAGGCUGUGUGUCUCGUGGUCUCAGAAGAAUCUGGAGAGUACUCUUAAUACAAUCAAAAAGUUGGAGGAAGAUUACCGGAGAAGGAGAUAUUCUGUGAAGUUUGAAUGGGUAACUGGAUUACUUAUAAAGGCUAUAGAGAAUGGGGAAUGGAUUGUUCUGGAGAAUGCAAACCUUUGCAACCCAACGGUUCUUGAUAGGAUUAACUCCUUGGUUGAGCAAUCUGGAUCAAUCACCAUUAAUGAGUGUGGGGCUGGAGGUGAGCCAGUGGUUCUCCAUCCCCAUUCUCAAUUUAGGAUGUUCCUCACAGUUAAUCCUAGCUAUGGUGAAGUUUCCCGAGCAAUGCGGAAUAGAGGGGUAGAAAUAUAUGUAAUGCAAAAUUGGUUGCUUGACGAGAAAUGCAGUGAAAAUCUGGAUGAGAUUGAAUUCAAGGAUGUGCAAAGAUUUAUUACCCUCUCUGGAAUCCCAGUUGGUAAGUUGGUUGAUAUGAUGGCCAAAGCCCACAUUUUUGCUAAGCAUGAAGGAGUCCAUCUUAAUGUACGCAUUACAUAUCUGGAACUUGCACGCUGGGUACAGCUAUUCAAGAGGCUUGUCACAAAUGGAAAUCAACCCACAUGGAGCCUCCAAAUUAGUUGGGAGCAUACAUAUCUUUCAUCCCUUGGUGAGGGAGAAGGAAAAGAUAUUAUUGCUCAAGCAACUAUUUCUUAUCUAUCAAUGUCGGAACUUGGAAGAUUUCCUUCUCCUCAAGAUGGCUUUUUAUGUUUGCCUGGAGGAUGGCCAAUACCCUUGGAAUUGAGGGAUUUUGUGUGUUGCUCAAAAGAGGCUAGUGUGAAACAAAAUUGUUUGCUUUUGGAGUCCUUGGGAGCUCAGUUUGCAUGUCAAUCAUUUGGAAGUAGCUUGAGCGGUCAUCAAAGAGAAAAAAAUCUACUUGUUAGAGGCGCUGCAAAUAUUUACCUCAUGGAAGUUAGGUUGCUACGUUCCACUAUGUUUCCUAAGGCUUCAAAUGAUAUGCUUGCAAACUGUGGCAUGCAAAAUGACUAUGACUUGGUAUUAGCGAAGAAAAAGCUGUCCUUUGCUGCUAAUUGGGCAUUUGAGCAGGCCACUGAAAGCGAUUACUGCCAUUAUCUUUACUGGUUUGAGUGGCUUGGUUCUCAAUUAGAGCCAUUUGGUUCAUUUUUCAAUUGGUUUUCUGGUUUACUAAAAAUGGAAAUUGAACAUCCUAUUUGGAAUCAGAUACUUCAUUCAUGUAGAAAGCUUAUGUCUUUAAGUUCAACUGAGAGAGAUGUCAUGUCUUUACCCAUACUUUCCAUGGAAUUGGUUGAUGCAACUGCAUCUGUUGAUAUGUUAAGUUCCUGCCGUCGACUUCUAAUAAACUCAAUCAAGUGUAUUCCCCUACUGAGACUUAGCUUUCAGCAGUGGAGUCAUGAGACUGAGUACAGCUAUGGUAUCAGAACUCAACGCGUUUUAAGUUAGCUACGAAGGGUGGAAGAAAAAGUGCUUGAAUUGAUUGUCGAGUCAUCUACUUUUGAUGUGCUUUUUCAAUCAUACAAUGACCUUCUUGAGCAUCAUAUACUCUUUUGGAAUUGUAUCAUUUCAUCUCAGGUAGAAGAAUGUUUGCUAGUUAUUUGGCGCUCUUUGAUGAAAGAUGCUGUGAAAUUGUGGGAAUUUUGCCCAAGAGAAGUAGAAACUUUUCAGGAGGAAAUGAAGAACCUGCAAGGAAUUUUAUACUUAUCUUUUCAUUCACAAAAGUCUUUGCUCUUUGCACAUGGUGGACAUCCGUCUCUGCCUUCGUCAGCUGAGUUGUACGACAAACAGAUUCAACUUUCAAAACUUUGUGAAUUGGAAUGGCCCAGAAAAACGAAGUUUUGGAAGCUUGCUGCAAGUGAACCAAAUGAGACGUCAAUUUAUGCUGCUUUGUCUUGCAAUUCGGAACUUCGCUUCCUUGCUGUGCAAGGUGUUUCCAUGUCAUCAUAUAUUAUUGGCAAAGCAGAUGAUGGGAAUUUCACUAUUCCACAGCAGUUGGAAGAAAUGUAUCAGAUGCUUUGGAGAAGAUUGGAUUUUGAGAAGCAGAAAUUGAAAGACAUUGCAGGAACAGCUAAGCAAGCAUCUACACACACAGUUUCAUCUGUUUGUCGUGUAUUCUCUCCUGAUAUUUUAUGUAGAAGAUCUGGUGUAGACUGCUGGCUGGAAACACUACAUAUAACAGAUGAGAUAGGUUUUUUCCUUGAUUUGGGGCUCCUCCAGCAUCUAACAAAGAUUACUUUCUUCCUUAACUUAAUUAAGGGCUACUUGAAAUCUUUUCUUCUUUUCUUAUUGACUGAUUUUCUGGUUGAUAUAGCAAGAUGUUCUUCAACAAAUUUCCCUAGAAAAUUCUUUUUGUAUAUUUUAGACCUGUCUGUGACAGUGACAUUUUCUUAAUAUCAGGUUUUAUCUAAUCUGUCUGGUCUUCUUGAAUCAACUUUGAACUUCUCAUCAAGGCCUCCAACUGACCUUAUACCUCAUCAAAAUAUUUUGUGGACCCUGGAUGCUUGGGAAUCAGGUCAUGCAGCGAAUGAAAAAAUAUCCAGUUCCAUUCUUGAUAUGUGGUUUAGGUGGCAUACAACACUGUGGGAACACUGCCCGCUUCUAGCAGAGAACCUCUCUGGGCAUGAUGGGCUGCCUCACAAGUUUUCUUUGACUUCGAAAAUGGCAACAAUCGACCAGAUGUUGCAAAAUAGAUUCUCUAUCAGAGAUUAUCCACUCCACAGCUUCAAGCUUAGAGUUGCUUCCCGUAGUCUCUGGUAAAGUUCUGAAAAUAAGAAUCAUGCAUACGCUUUACUUCUUUCUGCUGCACGAUCUCUCUUCCAGCAGAUUGUUUAUGCGCACAAAAAAUCUUUCGAGGAUGCCAAAUUAAAAUCAAGUCUGCUUUCCAGUCUAUCAAGGAAACAGGAAACUAUAAAGGCCCUGGUUUCCCUUCUUGCGUCAUCAAACCACCCCAUAUUCACUUCCUUGAUCGAUACAUUUAUUGAGCAAUUGCUUGGUGAACUUUAUCCUGUACGCUCAUCUACUGGAUGUGCUUGGUUACAAAUUGGGGGUUUACGUUAUAAUCUUUUGACCUGCUGCGACGAUUUGGACCCGACUGUAAAAUACUCAAUUAAGUAUUCUCAAUUGAUGGAAAAGAUUACUUCCCUUGAGGUCGAAAUUCAGGUAAGGGAAGAGUGUGUCCAUUUAGCAGGAAGUAGUGAGAAAGAUGCUAAUAAUUACAAAGUGAAGUUGUUGGAAAAUCUCAAUGCUGAGCAGAGAAGGCUGCGAAGAAAGAUUUCAUUCCGCUCCGAUCCAGGAAAAUAUGGGGAGUUGAAGCGUGAGUGUGAUGAUUUCCGUAAGUUGGUUUCAAGUUCUAUUGAUUGGAUCAUGAAUGUCAAAAGCAUGCGUAUAGAAAAGGUUACCGACCAAUUAAAAAAUUGGCAGGUGACAGCUUCGUGCUUUAUUGAGCGCUUGUCAAAUGUGUACUCUUCGUAUGUUGAUGUCGUUCAACCUGUUCAAGUUGCAAUUUACGAAAUGAAAUUUGGCUUAUCACUGAUACUUUCUAGUUUAUUGUCCAAAAAGUAUCUUGAAUAUAUUGGAGAGCACGAUAUGGAGAUGGUUCUGCGCACAAUUUAUACUUUCAUGAGAUUCCCUCGAGGCUGUGCAGCGAGAACUGUUUCUAUCAAUGUUGACAAUAAGCAGGCCAAACUGUCAUCCAGUGAUAUUGAAUUGCCAACAAGCAUUGGUGCUGUAAAUUUGAAUUUGCUAGAGAAAAUAAUUGGUUUCACAAAAAAUUCCAUUAACAAUAGAACGGUCUUGACCUCGCAACUUAGAAUUUCCAUUUAUCAGAAUGUUCUAGCACAAAUCAAACAUUCUGUUGCCGAUGCACGUUUUCUGGAUUAUGCUACCUUCAAGCUUUUGGAUGAGAUCUUUGAUAAGUUUGCUAGAGAAUGGAUGCAUAUGAAACUCAAAGUGAAAGCUAGAGAAGAUAACCAAGCACAACAGUUCAAGUUCAAGACACGUGCAUUUAAGAUCGAGAGCAUUAUUGAAAUUGAUAUCUCAAACCUAGCAAGUUUGCUUCCAAACGAAAGCUUCUCCGAAUGGGAAGAAAUGCUUUCUGAAGAACAUGUUGAAAAGACCAAAGCUGACGAGGAACAUGAAAGUUUGGAGGAAGAUUGGGAUUCCACAGUGGAAUUCAAUUUGAAUGACUUGGUCCAGGUUCACAAUCAGUUAUUUGGUUCACUGGACCUUGUUCGAAAUCCUGGAAAUAUGCACGUGUCUGAUUUGGACAGAUUAUCUUCCUUCCUUGGCUCAUAUACUUUGGGAGUUCAAAUGAUUAAAGAUUUAAAAGGUUUAUUCUCCUCUCGUUUCGAUGCUAAGGUUACGCCAGAACACUUACUUCGCCUCUGUAUAGAGCAUGAUCACAAGUUUAAAUUGUCUCACAAAUUAACUCACACGUACAAUUUUUACAAGGAUCCAAAUUCAUCCAUGAUGGUUAAAUUGGUGGAGCCUGUUAUGAUUCUUAAGCGCCGAAUUCUCGUGCUUUUGAACGAAUGGGAUGAUCAUCCUGCUCUUCAGAAAAUCUUGGAUGUAAUUGAAAUGAUAUUGGCUCUACCAUUGAGCACUCCUCUCGCCAAGGUUCUCUCGGGGUUGCAGUUCCUUCUUAACCGGGUGCAAAUUUUACAGGAAACUGUUGCAAAAUUCCCUCUCUGGGAUGAAUUGGACCCAAUUCUCAUGCUGGCGUCCUCAUGGCAUAAGUUGGAGUUCGAAUCUUGGCCUGCUUUGCUGGAUGAACUUCAGUUACAGUUUGAGAUGAAUGCUGCGAAGUUAUGGUUUCCAUUAUAUUCUGUUCUUCAACAUAGACAUGCUGCUGAUAAUGAUAUUGAUGAAUACAAUCUAUCUACAAUUCAAAGGCUUGCAUUAACUUUUCUCUACUUGGAAGAGUUUGUUCAGAUGUCCAGCAUUGGUGAAUUUAAAAAGCGUCUUCAAUUACUCCAUGCUUUCCAUGGACAAAUUAGUAAUGGUUUGAGCCGGGGGUCUUAUUCUCGCCCUCACCAUGCAGAGAAUGUGAAAGUUCUCUACAACACAUUUGGCUUCUAUGUGCAAUUCUUGCCACUAAUUUUGGAACGCAUCGAAGCUAGUAGAAGAAAUAUUGAGACCGAGUUGAAAGAAGUCCUUAAAUUGUGCCGCUGGGAUCGUGUUGAGAUCCACUGGAAUGCAGAAACCUCUAAAAGAACCAGGCAGAAGCUGAAAAAGAUUAUACAAAAGUAUACUGUAAGUCAAUAAUGUAACGUGCCAAAUCAUCAUAAUUUAAUUCGCUACAAAUUUUUUUUAUAUUUAUUUUUAAAUCCUUUGAUUUCUUA